CCCUCAUCUCGACUGCCGUCGCCUUCUGCCUGGGUCCGCCUGCAUCCCGGCCGCCCGCCUCGGCCCACAGCUGUCUUGGCUCCGACUGAUCCAGCCUGCAUUCCGUCUGGCUUCCCCGAUUCACCGCCAGCCUCUGUCGUUGCCAACAGCCGACCGGCCACGCCAGCCACGAAAAGCCCAGCCUCCCUUCGCCAUCAGCGCCCCACAACCCACAACCCACACCCCGCAUUCAUGAUCAUCCGAGUCGACCGAGACUACUCUGGCGGCGAAAGCACCAUCAAGUUUGUCACAGACAUGCCCGCCGCACUCAAGCCGCUUGGAGUCCCGCCGGAGGUGUACCACGGCACCAUCAGGUCCAUCAACGACAUGCUGCAAGAGUCCGGAAGGGUCUCGGGGCAUUCGGUGCUCGAGUGCUGCUUCUCGGUCUGGACCUGCUUUAUGUUUGACUACUGCAUCAAGACCCAUUUCGACAAGACUCGCAAGCGGCUCACCGAGUUCCUCGAGAGAGAGAACAGCGAGAAAUACAAAGCCUUCGGCAUCAAGUUUGUGGAUCCCGAGAAGACGGCGUUUCUCGAUUUGGUGAUCAUCGUCGAGUCGUAGUACCUGCCGCCUAAAAAUGCUCGGAUGGGGAGAUCUCUGAAGCACCACUCCGAGCACACACGUUCGCUGCAACGUCGGCCGAUCGGUUGGUCAUUCCCUAUGUACCGCCUGCCCAUCUACUGCGUGCACUUGCGCUCGCUUGAUUCCCCCCCCAUCCCAAAACCACCGGCUGUCUGCCCCAUCUCCUGAGCUCUGUUCUGCCCGUGUCUGAUUCUCUGUCGACCCACGGAUUUGCCCUGCCUGCAUCCUCUGUCACAUUCAGCUCGCCUUUUCCCCCUUUUGUCCGCUUCCGCCAAUAUACAGCGUACCCA